AUGCUUGCAUUUGAUUCUUUCUUUGGCAACGGCAGCUUUAUCGGACAGCUGCGCAGUUUGGUGGACAUGGCGACCUCAAAAUCCUCUUCUACCUCUUCAACUUCACCGUCGCGCAACGGUAAUGCCAACGGUGUAUCACUGGACACAACGCCCUGCACUUCGCAAGCGCCCAUUGUCGCCCCGCGAAAAAGGCGUCCGCAGCGCAUCUACCGGCCCGCAAAGAACUCGCUCUACGACAUCUUCCAGCAGCACGCCGGCACAUCGCUCUUUGUGCGACCUAUUUGCUGGACGGAUUUGCACGCUCAGCUGCUUGGCGCGAGAUGGGAGGAACUGCCGCCAUGCGAUACACCUCACCCGUCAGCGGCCCCAGGCACGCCACCAUCGCGAGGACACUUGAGUCCAUCGAAUACCAUCAUCAGCCUUAGCAACGCGCUCACGCAGAUUCUCCUGCCCGACCCAUUGCAUCCUAUUCUAUCCUCCAACGCUGUCAAGUCGGUCCUCAACACUCUGUGGCCUACACCUUUCAACAAGCCGCAGUACCUGCCCGAGCUUCAUCUAUACUUUGGCGGUCGCGUUUACCGUGAUGCUGUACGCGCGCAGCUUAUGUGGAAUUACCCCUCUGAAGAGGCAAAGUCUUCAUACUCUUCAUUCAAAUCAGUUUCAACGCGACCCGCUGAAUCAUUCAACAUCUCGACACAGUCUUCGCCAAACUACAGCCCCGCCAACCUACCCAUGAUCUGUUACAUCGGCAAGACUCAAUUGGCUUCAGUCCGAAACAACCUUUUCCGCGUCGCUUCUGGACCUGGACGAACAUGGAACGAGCCCGUGUUUCGCCUCCAGCAACUGCGAGCCCGUAUCCUCGUACCUUCAAAUUCCGAUCACGAUGCUCAUUUUGUUGGCGUCUUUCUAGGGAUGGCGCAGAAGCACUUCUACCCUAACCCACCUAUCAGUGGCAGACGCGACUCGCGCAUUUCACCAGGACAGGGCAUCCCUCCAAGCCCCAACUUCCACGACAUCAAGUUGAAGAUUCUCACUCACGACAUUGAUACGUCUGAGUUUAUUGUCUACACUGGACACAUCACAAAGGAGUUCCUGGAGAAGUUCCACGAUCCCUUCAAGGCUCCAGCUGACGAUGACGACGCUAUUGUUUCUGGUCUCAAGAUUGAGUACACAAGAGUUCCUAUCUGGCCGAUUCUUGGACUCAGAGAGAGACUAGGCAAAGCUCUAGGCCAAGAGAUUGUCGGAACAUUCAACCCAGAUGAGAUAGAGACAUGGGAGAAAGAUCCUGAGAAACCAACUGGCGAGAAGCGCAAGCGAGAUGUCCUCACCGAGGUCGUCAGCAGUAGCUACGAGGAAGAGACCGAGGAAGAGCCAGCAAUCGUUUCCAAGAAACGCUGUCUAAACGAGGGCACACCUGUGGGCGUGGUGAUGUGA